AAGCAGCUAAUCAAAAAAAAAUAAGCCUACCAAAUAGAAAUAUACAACGCAAAGCACGCAAAAAUACAUUAAAUAAAUAAUCUUAGCAAACCGACUAGGCCACGAUAAUGUAAUCAUGCACCGCCGCAGUCAGUUCGGGCAUUGCUUUGUAGACAGCAUCAAGUAUAUUUUUUAAAUUUCACGUGCUAAAUUCAAAAGAAAUCCUACCACAAUUGCUACACGAAUCGACGAGGGCUAGGUAAUCCUAAUCCCAUUCCGCUAACCAACGCGAUGUCCAGGAGAGAAGCCAGUCUGAUGGCCUACGCGACGGCGGAGGAGCACCUGCUGAACUGCUACUCGCCGCUGGAGGGCGACGAGGUGGAUGCGGAGGCGGUCGAGGCUCCAACCGCCGGAACGGGCGUGGCUGAGGAUCGGCAGCGCCUCGAGGAUCCCACCGCAUCCGGCUCACAGCCACGCGAGGCGGGAGCGGACCUGGAUCCCGCCGUGGACUGCAUGAUGCACGUGAUCUCCGACGAUUCGGACAUACACAGCCUUAUCUCGAGUGGCAGCGGCUUCAAGGGCUGGGCGGAGGAGCAUCCGUCCACCAGCUUUGUCAGCCAGGGUGAACGCUUCAUCUACGGUCUGUGCCGGCACGUGAUGGCCCCGGAGGAGGCGGACCCAGCUCCGGAAUGGACCACCUGCACUCCGGCCAAGCGUCCCUGCAACAACCACGAGGUCAUCGAGAUCAAUGACUCGCCCGAAGCUGUGCAGGAUCCGGGCAUUAGUCUAGUGCAGGGUGUAGCUGACAGUCCCGGCGUCCUGCUGACCAACGGCAACAUGGACCAGUUCGCCAUGGUGCCGCACAAUGAGAACGAUGAGGCUGAACAUGAGCUCCAGAUCGCCGAGGACGGAGAGCAGUGUGUGAUCUACGAGUCCGUGGAUGGGGAGAAUAUGGUCGUGCUGGCGGAGGAGCACUGCUGUGAGAUCAUAGUGGCCACUCAGGGAGUAGCUUGCGAGCAGGAGUUCGCCAGGGCCAUCCUAAUGGCCGGUAACGGAGCUGGAGCAUUACUGGGUCUGCUGCCGGAGGAAGGUUCCGCGAAUGAGUGCCUGAAUGGGACUGCCUACAUCGAGGAGGUGGUAGAGGAAAUGGGUGAGGACGAGGCACGUGUGUCGGCUGAAAACAAUGUAUACCUCAGUGACGCAGCGUUGGAACAGCCGCUAGUGCACCAGGAAUUGGUAGAGGACGAAGCGCCAGAGGAAAACGAAAACGCCACAUUCUUGGACGACACGCCGAUGGAGGAGGAACGUCCAGACAUAUGUCAGGUUUAUGAUCACGAAUUAGAGGACCACGACGAUGAGGAAGACGAGGAUGGCAUCAUGCAGCAAACACCAGUCCAUCCCAUUGACAUCAGCGUUAUGGAGGGGCAGGAGCCGCCGCCGAACAACCUGUUCAGAAAGUUGCCCCGUGAACACAGCAGUCCUACGGAAUUCCCUGUCAGCUCCUCCUCCAUGCCGAACGCCAGCUAUAACUACGACUUUGAUGACGAGUUAACCGGCGGCCACUCUCCGUCCAAAGUAGCGCCGCUUAAGCGAAAGUAUCCGCCAUUGAUGAAGAAUACGCUUCACGGAGAGGCUAUGGAUCGCAGGCUGGCCAGCAUCUGCCAGGCUCAGCCCCAAAUGAGUCCCGCCGAAAAGGUCUCGAGUUGGGAGACGGCGAGCAAGGGGGAGUGGGCGGCCGUCGAGGACGUGGAGAGCUUUGAGGCUGCCUUCGAUCAGUACGAGGCUGUUACGGCGCCACUUAAGCAGCACAAUUUUCACGAAUUCCGCGAGGCUCUGGCCCGCAAUAUGGAGAAGGUCAGCCGCGAGAUUAUGCAGACCUCUGAUGAAUCGACUCAGGAGCAAGCCAGUUCCCAGUCGGCAGAGCGGCCUGUGCAUCGCCGCUACCUGCAAGUCCUGCCCACCGAGGAAACUAUUGUGCUGGACGACGACGACGACGAUUGCUACGAGGUGGUGGGCAUGGAAAACGCCUCGGUCACCACGUUGAUUCCCGAAGAGGAACUGGAAGUGGACCAACAAGUUACAGAGGAAGAGGAGGUAGUGCAAGCAGAUGUAACUGAUGUAAAGAACACGGAGAGUCAAACCUCUGGGCAGCACAAUCUCACUAAGGAAACCUCUACCACUGAUUUGGAUGGCAGUGCAGUUGCACCAACAGCGGAAUCCUCAGCAGAAAACUUGGAUGCAUCCGUUUCCAAUGCGCAGCCCUGCGUCGCUGAUCCGGAGAGAAUCGUUGAUAUUACGGAGCCAAUCUCAAACGAUGGCGGACCUUCGGAGGACCGACUAUUGGCUAACGCUGUCCUGGAUGCUAUGCGUCAGCAGGUGCAAAUGCAACAGCAGCAGCUUCUGGGGCAGCAAAUGAUGCAGCAGCCACAGAUGUAUCGCCGCCAAGAAAUGUCAACGGCGCCACAAGAGACUCAAAUGGCCGCAGGUCAGGGACCCUACGUCAGCUGCCCCAACAAUAGCAUGUUCUACGAGCAGCAGGAGUUCUGCAACUACUUGGGUCUCACUGAACUGGCCACAGCCAACGCGGUGGCCACUGCUAUGAGGGAGCUGGCCAACAGCACUGUGGCCCGCAGAUCGCUGCGGGUGCGACCCCAACACCAGCUGGAUAGGAUGCGUAGCGAUGUGCGUGGCAAAAGGCGGGAGAGAGAGCGAGAACGACAUCAGGAUAAGGACAAGAAGAUGCCCCUGACUACCAGCAGCGAGCUUAGUACCGACAAGGAAGAAACCUCGACACCUCAGACAGCUGAAUCCGCUCCAGUAGUGGAGGAUGAGUUGAGUUCCAACAAACAGUUGCCAGCAGAGCAUCGGCUCCAGUUGAAUAACUUUUAUGGCUCCUAUUACCGGAAAGAGGGAGACCGACCGGCGUCUAAAUCACCUACAGAGCAAGAUCGACCUAGAUCACGCAAGCUACUUCAUAGUGCGCAAAGGUCCUCAAAGGAGCGAGAGCUGUGCAAGUCACCCAAAGCGCAGGAGGCAUUACAUCAAAUAUCUCUCAAGGAGAGCGAUGGAAUAAAGGAGCUUGAAGUGAACAAGGCCCCUGAACAGAACCGCGUUCACGCUGUUGAGGCGGCCUUCGCGAAAAUCUAUGAGGCAGCCGCUCCAGCCCAAUCCAAGCUGCUGGAGACCAUGCAGCAACGCUUGCGCCAGGCGCGCGAGACUAAGCCUUCGAUCUACAUCAUCGAGGCUACCAACAAUGCCCCGCCACAGACGCCAUCGCCUUGCAAACAGGAGUCUCGCAUCUCACCGGCGCCCGCCCAUUUUGUCGAGGGUUUCGGUGAUGUAAGAGCACCGCGUCCUUCCGCGGUGACAACUCGUUCGUUAAGGACAAGUCUUCCGAAGAUUAGUCCAGCUAAAGAAGUACCACCCCCAGCCCCACUACCUAAUAUUGCAGCGCAGUCGCCAAAAACACCCAAGCAUAGGAAAACCCAUGGAGUUACUAAAGCUGUACCUGCCACAAAGCGGCGUCGCACCACCGUUGGUGCUCCUAGCACAGGGAAACACGCUCGUGUUCGAGAUCUGGUUACCCGCUCCACCACGCACCUGAAUUCAAAAUUACUGCGGAACCGCAAGGUCAGUUUGCUGAAGAGUUACGCCCUUUCGGAUGAAAUGGCUCAGGGACGAACGAAGCGACUAAGCGGUGGCACAGCGCAAGGCGCCAAAAGGGUGCAAAUGCCCAAGAGUGUGAGGGCAACUUUAAAGAGACCCGAACCGCCGGAGAAGAGUCUUCCCGAACAGCAUCGCCUGCAGCAGCAGCAAUUGGCGCCGCCGAACACGCCUCGCAAGAUGAAGGGUGUCCAGGAGACUACGCCUGUCACGACAAGUGCAACGAAAGCUCUCAAUCGCCUUACUAAGCGCACCAAACGGGCGCGGGCCAAAUCCAUGCCGGCCAAUCUUGAAAUGGUGCCCGAGGGCGUUCCUGCAGCCGUUCCUACUGCCACAGUGUUAAGAAUGACGGAGAUGACACGAGAAGGCCCCCAAACCCGUGUUGAUUCCGCCAAGCAUAUCGUUGACACCGCUGGCGCAGAAGCUGCAGACCCCACCCACGUUCAUUCCCCUUCCACCGCUCAACCGCCUUACGCACAGCCCGUGCUUAUUUACCCGCCUUCGCCCACAUCCCCGCCACUAAACUCUAUGGUUUCGGAGCCGCGUCACCACCGCCAGCAAGCUGGAAAUGCGAAACCUUCUGACCCAGUCCUGGCCACUCCCCCGGGCGGCUUACUGCGGCUCAGCGAGGGAUCCUCAACGCUAGCGAAUCCACUUUCCGCCAAGCAUGGUCAAGUUUUGUACAUGUACUACGAACUGGAACAGCUCAUUGUGCUGCAGGAGAACUGCAUAACCUUCUGGAAGUACUCAAAAGUGUUUAAUGUGCUACAUCAGCCGCGACAGCAGCCCUCCUUCGAUGGUACCAGGAAAUCGCCCGCUCCACAGCUCCAUCAGCCACACCCCCGCGAUUCCAAGGACACAGAGCAGGAGCAGGAUGUCGGACCACGAUGGGUAUAUCUGGGUAGGGUGCGGCGCCUUACUAGCGAAAAGGAAAUCUUUACGCCCUUUGGCAGCCGCAUCUGCGUGCACAACUCGACGCCGGUGUACCUUGAAAUGCGCAGCAGGCCGCUAGACCACCACAAGCGGGAGGUGAAACUAACGUCGCUACACGUGAAUGUGUACUACUUUUGCGAGGAGGAACUACGGCCUCGGAUGCACUCGGUGCACUUGGACGCUGUCAACUGUGAGUGGUCCCAUGUCAUAUAUACAACCAUUGCGGAAUCGCGGUAUUUUGUCAUGGCAUGGCAGCAGGAAGUGGUGAUGGGCAAGCCGCGCUCGGGCAUCUGCAAGUACUCGCUUACGCCCACCUUGGAUACGCUGGCAUCCAUUCGGGAGUUUAAGCAGCUGCGCCACGAGCUGCGUCACAUCGAGUGCCUUUCCGAGGACCGCCUGAUUGGCUAUGGACAGACGCGAAUCACCGUGUGGGACCAUCGCAGUGGCGACACUCUGAUGAACUACGAUUUGGGUCGCCCUUUGGGCAGGUGCCUAGCCGCCUUGCACUAUCCCAGCCUCGAUAUGGACCAAAGCAGCAUGCUGGUGCUGUACCAGCUCCUGAAAGAGCUGAACAAGCCGGGCGAGGUGCAUGUGAUCGCCUGCGAGCUGUCUCAUGCCACGCCAUCGCACCGCCUGCUACAGGUUCACCGUUUACCAUCGCCGCAAUUUGAUGAGGCAACGGAGGCCGUGAACACCGGGGACCAUCUGAUCAUCAAGUCGGCGUCGAACGACGAGGUCUGGAUAAGUGCCGCUGAUCCGAGACAGCUCACCUAUUUGGCGCCGCAGAGCAAUGGGGCGCAGCGGUUCUAUGCCCGCCAAAAGUCCCAGGUGAUCGAGAUGUCGCCGCAAUCGCUGACUGUAGAUAGCAUCGCCAAUCACAUGUUGAAAUUGGCUGUCCAGCAGAAACACUUGGUGUAGAUCUGUAACAGUGAACUUGAAAAGUGGAACCAGUUUAUUUGUUUUAUCACCAUGUUCCUUGUUGAAAAUCACCCGCAAGACACGAAACGAACAACGCCUUUAUUGUAAACUGUAAGAUCCCAAAUAUGCUUCUGGCUGUCCGCCCAAAACAUGUAGUUCAAAUAUAUUCGAAGCUAUAAUAGGUUGCGUUAUAAA